GAUGGCGCUCAGCCCAGACUGUGGCUCAAGCUUCAGACCUCGGCGCAUCACCGCGGCCAGCUCAGCCAUGCGACAAUUGAGCUGUCCGCCAGCCUCCACUCGCACUUUCACCGCCAUAGACAUACAGCGCAUCGUCUCCACCCAUUAUAACCUCACUAUCCAUAUCAAUCCCCAUCUCGGACGUAUAUAGAAACCAUGGCAGGCUCCUCGCGCAACGCAUCGCCCAUCAAGCGCCUCAUGACCGAACUGCAAACAUACCAGCACGACUCCAACGACGCGCUUUACGAACUCGGACCUACGGAUGACGAUGUGAUGCAAUGGAGAGCAGUCAUGAAGGGUGUAGAGGGAACGGCAUAUGAAGACGGCUGCUGGCUCCUUUCCAUCGCGAUCCCCUCCACCUACCCCCUCACCCCACCUACCAUCCGCUUCGUAACACCUAUCUGCCACCCCAACGUCGAUUUCAAGACGGGCGAGAUCUGCCUCGAUUUGCUCAAGACCGCUUGGACACCCGCGUAUACUAUCUCUUCGACUCUGACGAGUAUACACCAGUUGCUUACUAGUGCUGAGCCGGACAGUCCGCUCAAUGUGGAUGUUGCGCAGCUGUUUAGGACGGGCGACGAGGUUGGGGCUCGAAGUUUGAUUAGGUUUUAUACUGUUAGUGAGAGGUAUGAUUGGAAGGGCAAGAGGUAGACUGUAUAGCGUGAUUUGGGUUGGAACAUAUGUGGCUUGCUGUACACUGGCGUAACGAGAAUAUGUGGGAGGAUUUAUUUGGGCGUUUGGUUUGAUUUGGGACGAGAUACCUACAUUGGAGAGCGUGAACGCAUCAUGCAUUCGCAAUUGAGUAUACUACCGACACACCAUCUGUAACUCUAUACAUUCCCUGUCCAAGAUCAGUUUAGUUACCGGCAUCGUCAGUAAGCCCGACGCAGCCCGCCACACGCACGUGGGCCCACGGCUGUGUUUCAACUUCAGCUCCCCACAAUACUCCUCGAUUACGCGCUGCGCUGAUCGACAACGCAGUGUCUCAGACCGGGCAAUUGUAGACGAAU